CACAGGGGCAAUUUCCUCCUCUACCAUAGCAAAUCGCAUGUUAAAAACGAACAUAUAACUAAAACGCAUAACCCAGUAUAUGGUCAAAUAAUAUUGUUGUCCAAAAUGUUGUCGGGCAGGCACCCUGACAAGGCUACAUUAAUAAAGAAGCGUCAGCGAGGCCAGUGGCGUCACCGAACGAUUCUGAGAAAACACUUCUUGGAACAAAGCUGAAUUCGACAAGCCAAACCCACAAAGCCACUUGAAGCAACCUGUUUUACAGCGCUGUCAACCGAGCUCACAGCAAUACUCAGACAUUCACCCGAGAAACAACAUUAAGUGGAAGCUCGGUCUUUUGAAAUUGUACAUGAUUGUUGUCUUUUAACAUUUCAUCUCGGUAGGCUAUUUGGAGUAUAGGUAACGUUCUAGUCACUUACGACUCGGGUUUGCCGUUUUUUCUGCCAAGGGCAAUUAAAUUCAAACUACGAAAACGAGUUUUCGAAGAAUACCCGGGGGUGUUCUUUUGAUUCAACCUUUCCUUUCCGAAUUAUGAUUCUUUGUGUUCAUAGCCCUAGGCCGAUCCUCUCAGACACACCCACGGUGAUACCGCUGGGUAUGCCGACCCCAAGCUGCCUCCACAGCGCCCCCCCACAAUGGGACCCUCGAAAAGACCUACAAGCCAUAGCAAGCACCUUUUGCUAUCUGGAAAUCUCAGGCUGGUACUGGGGUGGAAUGACUGCAAAUGAUGCACAAGCCGUGCUACAAGUGGCGUCGGAAGGCACAUUCCUGGUGCGGGACAGCAGCCACCCUCUCUACAUGCUCACGCUGUCGGUGAGAACGAAACGCGGCCCCACCAACGUGCGCAUCGAGUACAGCUGCGGACGGUUCCGGCUGGACUCCAGCUCGCCCGCCCGACCCCGCCUGCUCUCCUUCCCGGACAUCCCCAGCCUGGUGCAGCACUACGUGGGCUCCGGCCGCAGCAGCACACCGGAGGAGGGACAGAUCGGGACGGAGGAGGUGGCGGAGCAGGGAGACAAGAAGAAACAGAGGGGGGAGGACAGGGACAAGGCCAAUGCUGAGAUCUCCCCUCUGCCAGAGGCCAGAGAUGCCGUACUGCUUAAACUCAAAAGGCCUAUCUGCAGGCCCCAAGCCUUCCCCAGCCUUCAGCACCUCACCCGCCUCGCCAUCAACAAGCAGGCGGCCUGCCCCGCACAGCUGCCCCUUCCAAGGCCGCUGCUACGCUACCUCCAGCAAUACCCCUUCCAGCUCUGAUUGGACUUGGGGGCCCCAUGAACAGGGGCCCGUGAGCAGAAAGGAUUGUUUUUUUUUUUUUCCUCGAGGCAGCAGGUACUCUGGCGGAACGAGUUGAUGAACGCCAUGGAGGCUCACUCCGCCCCGUGGGUUUAAUAAUGGAAACACUGUGAAGACCCCUCGGGUGACGUCAUGGAGCCACGCUGAAGGCCGGAAGGCGGCAGCGGCAUGACAAGGCAAGCCAUGAAAGAGAACAGAUAAGAGUGCGAGAGUAUCCUGUUUGGAGAGGACUCUUUGUUUGAACUGUGUGAGGAGUAACCUGUGGAAGUGCGUUGCGGCAGCCACACAGUAGGACUGGUCAAAUUCAAGGAAUUAUAAGCCAGCUGCUCCCUUCUACCAAGACCUUAGGAGAGGUGUAACCUGAGUCGACACAGGUUUUUUCCUCCCUCCUUCAAACUGAAAUGUAUGCAUUUCGGUUUUAAAGCAAAGGAUUCCGAUCCUUUUUGAUAAAAAAAUGCCCACCAUGUGGAUUGUUGUACAUAUUUAUAAAGAGAUCCUUGUGAUUUUUAAUAAAACUGUCUGAAACUCUACAAAA